AUUGCAUGAUUUGUUGCAUGUUUUUUGCUACAAUUUACAUAUAAAAACAUUCACAACACUUGUUGUGCUAUCGUGAAAGAUAGAAAUGUUGUAGCAAUAGAAAGAUAAAUUAUCAGAACUUACCUUGCCUGUUUUCAUGUUGAUUGCAAUAACUUUUGGCGGGGAUAUACGUACAGAUUCCUCCAACGUAUGGAUUACUCCCGUAUCCAAGACCCAAAGAAUAUCUUGGGGAUCCAAGAAAAGAUCUACGACAUUUUGCAAUGCUUUCAAAGUACCUUCCUCUUGAACGGACCAACACGGAAAAGCAUAAAGAUUAGCUUGACAGUUUUUGUCCUUAAGAGAGACUCUAGCCAAAGUCGCUGGGACACCAGGUUUAAAUCUUUAACAAAGAUCAAUCAAAUAUUUCAUUAAUACUUUAGAAACAUAAAAAUAUAAAAUGUUAAACAUUUUUUUAUAUUUUACCUUGGUAGAGCUAAAAUAGCAUCAUCCAUGAAAAUUGCAGCUCUCGUUGCGAUCACGUUCUUUGAGAUGUAGCGACCACUAUUUUUGAACAUACUCUUCGUAGUUGUACAAGGCCAUUCAAAUGAUCCACCAACCCACUGAACAUUAUGAUUAUCGAAUUGUUCUACAUCGUUUGCGGUGGCAAAUAUAAUAAAGAUUGAAAGCGGCACCGUAAAUUUGAAUAACAUAAUUAUUUAAUUUUAUUACGAACUCUUCAAAACUCUCUCUCUCACUCUCUUUCUCUCUCUCUCUCUCUCUCUCUCUCUCUCUCUCUCUCCCUUUGUCUCUCUCUUUCUCUCUCUUCUCUCUUUUUCUCUUUUUCUCUUUUUCUCUUCCUUUUCGACUAAACUGAGUGAUGAUGAACUGAGAGAUAUUCAGGGUUAUGCCAUUUAUAUACUUCGUUGAUUGACAAUAAUGCUGACAUUGUGAAAUUAUUCGUUUUUAAGAAAUGUUUGUUGUCCAUUUGUUCUUGUACACCGGAAUCAAACCGAUUUUGGAUUUGACUAAUUAUAAAAAUUGUAUUUUUCAUCAUCAACGAUUUUACAUAAUCAAAAUUAAUGAAAAAAAUAGAUGAACAAAUAAUAAUAAUCAGAAGAAGUGAAUAAUGUACUAGAAUCUCCUCUUUUUUUACCUACAUCGAUUAUAACUUCCUGAUAUGUUCUUACUUCCGUAUUGUACGGAAAAAGCAAAGAAUUAGCAAUAUGUUGAAUUUUAAAAAAUUUAUACAAAUAUUAAAUAUUUAUUUAUAAAAUUAAUAUUUCCUUUUCUUUCCUAAUUUCCUUUCAAGAACUUCCUGAAUCCUUGACAUCACUUACGUUACUCGUUAAAAAUAUUUUGAUGAAAUUAUAACAUUCAUCAUUAACAUCUGCAAAUAUCAAAUAAUACGAAUGUUGCAAGAUAUAUGUCGAAAUAAUAAGAGAAAAGAAAAAAAUACGAUGUUUAUGCUACUACAUCACAUAUAUAUAUAUCAACGACACGACGGAUAUUACAUUCGUAUAUUUGUAAGACGUCGUGAAUAUUUAUAAAGGAUAAAAUUCUUAAGUAAAAAUUUAUAAGUUAUCAUUCGUAUUAAGUAUCAUUCAUCAAUUUGUGGAGAAUAAGAACAAUAGAAAUUUUGUUUUGAGAGAGAGAGAGAGAGAGAGAGAGAGAAAGAGAGAGAGAUCAAGGAAGUAUUUUUAUUAUAUAUCCAAGACAAAAAUCAAGAUGAAGAGGCUCCUAAGGAGCAUAGUCUGUCUGACGAUAAUAGCAGUAAGCUUUUCAACGGGAAUUGUCGACAAACAAUUGUUACCAGAAUUAUCAUUUACUCUCAAUGGACACAGUCUUGAGUGGCCUUGUCAGAGCACAAAGAACAUUUAUGAGACAAGUGGUCGUUACGUGGCUAGAAAUGUAAUAUCAACAAGGAUGCAAAUUUACAAGGACGAUGCGAUCCUAGCUCUACCACGUUACAAACCUGGUGUACCGUUUACCUUGGGUGCUGUAUCAUUGAAAAGUAAAACCUGCUCACCAAUGAUCCUGCCGUUUCCUUGUUGGGCAAUACAAGAAGAAGGUAAUUGUGAAGCUCUGCAAAGUGUCAUUGAUAUUGUACUCGACAUUCAAGAUAUUCUUUGGGUUCUUGAUACUGGUAUCGUUAACACGAUGACUCAACCAGUUAGAAGAUGUCCUGCUAAAGUAGUUGGAAUUAAUGUUAAAACUGGCAAGGUAGUUAAAAUCAUUGACUUAAGUCAAUUUGUACUUCCAUUAUCCCAUCUGCAAUAUAUGCUCGUUGACUAUGCAGAAGAUGGCCAAGUUUAUAUAUAUAUUUCUGAUGCAAUAAACAAAGCUAUCAUCAUUUAUAACGUCACAGCAGAUCGUGGAAACAGAGUGGUUCUACCAAAUACUGUGUCUGCCGGUUUGGAUAAGCCCGACGUAUUGUACAUGGUUCUUGUUCGAAAAUCUGAUGGUACAUCCGUCGUAUACUUCACGUACCUAGGAUCUAACAGACUUUUCGGUAUUAGAGCCGCUAAUUUGAGAAGUGGUGAUCUAAAUGGAUCAAUCGAAGAAGUUGGUCUAAAACAUCAGAAAAUUGUUUUACUUGGUAGCGAUAAUGGACCGGCCAUUUUCUUCCGAAACAAAGGUGAAUCCGAUAUUUAUAUGUGGAAUACGGAAACACCGUUCAUACAAGAUAACUUCCUUUUAGUACAAAAAGAAGGUGAUUGUCGAUUAUCGACACAAGUUGUACCUGGCUCCAAAAGACUCAUGUGGACCAUUGAGAGUAACUUUCAGGAUUAUAUAUUGAACACAGUGAGCUGUGCAGGUGCUACAGUUUCUAUUCAUCCUUUAAUGAACUCCUGUGAAGAAUAAAUGGAUUGACCGGACAAUAAAAAGAACUACAAUAUACGAUUAUCGAUCAAAUAAAUCGUAGUUUCAACACAAAGAACAUCGUAUGCUUUCAAAGAAAAGCUAAUCGUCAUCAUAAUUUUCCUGUUUAGGAAAAAAAUAAUAAUUUAUGUACAAAUAAAACUUAUGUGCUAUAUAAUUUUCUGAAAUUUUUAUAUAGAAAUGUAACCUGAUUUAUUAUAUAAUAUAAAGGUAUAAUAAGAUCUAAUUUCAGGAUAUAAAUAAUUUAAUACGUAAUUAUAAUCGAUGAAAAGUAGAAGUAGAAGUAGAUGGAGUAGAAGAAGUAAAAGGAAUAGAAGUAAAAGUAGAAUAUAUGUUACGAAAGGAAUGCUAUAAAAAAAGUAAUGUUAAUUGAUUUAUUCAACCAAUUUUUUUUUUCUUUUUUUUAUAAAACUAAUCAAGUAAUAAGUAUGUUGUGAUAGUUAAUUCCUUUAAAUUAUUUUUCUCUAUUUAUACUUCACAUUUAUAUUUCUGGCGGGCGGACAGAGGAAUAUAAGUCAAAUGUUUAUAUAAUUUCUCAUUUUUUCCCACUUUUUUAACUGAAAUUAUAAUAAUAUAUGAAAAAUGAAAACUGAAAAAUUUUAUUUAAUAUAAAUCAUUAUUUCCGAAAACAAAAAAAAAGAAAAAUACUUGUGAAUUAAGUGUAAUGCAUAUUUUGUAAGUCCAAUAAAAUGAGACAUAUGUUAUCAAUUUUCACAUCCGAGAUCUAACACUUGAUCUUGCAUUGCACUUUAAAUAUUAUAAUAUUUGCUUUCCCGAUAAAAUAAUAAUUCGUAUUUACGCACUUCUGUCCGUCGACCAGAAAUAGAUAUCUACCUUUUUUCUUUUUUUCAUAUAGAUUUCAUAUUGAUCGAUGUGGAUCGAUAUAAAUCAAAUAUCGAUAUAUAUGUAUCGAACGUUGAUGUUACAAAUCGAAAUAUUGUAUUCUUAUCGGUUAGAAUGCAUUUUUGUAAGCUUAUUCAUCGUCCAAGUAUGGUUACAGGAGUAUGGUACGUUCGUUACAAAAUUUGUUGAUAACCAUAAAUCUAAAGUAAAAGUGAAAAGUAAGUUGUUGAACAAAUUCUAACCUUAAUUAAUAAUAUUCUUACAA